UAUGGAACAUUUAAUUAGUGGUAGAUAUAUAAAUGGAAAAUUUCUACCUUUACUGUUUGAAUUUCAUUCUCUGGAAGAGCAGAUAAUAACUUAUAAAAUCCUUUGCAAUACAAAACUUGCUGAUAACUUUCAAUCUUUUCCAAAGUCUAUCCUAUUUAAGGCCUACAAAUAUUGGGACGCUAGCUACGAGAAACAAGCGUGCGUUUAUAGAUGCUUUAAAGAUGAACAAGCUCUCUCAGAGUGUCUAUUAAUGAAAAAGAGAUAUAGCUAUUUUGACCAUCAAAUUCUUGGUAUUCAAUGCUUAAAACAGUCUAUCAACAGACAUUUUCUAUUGGACGGUAAUAAGCGAUUACCUCAAGUAAAAGAUUUUGUGACAAGAUUAAAGAAUAAUGAGAAGAUUGUAAAAGAUAGUUCAGUUAUAGACGAUGGCAGUAAAUAUACUGGAAUGAUUGAAAUAUUCUACAAUGACUAUUGGUAUCCAGCUUCGUAUUUUGAAUUUGAUUACGAACAAGUGUAA